AUGGGUGCUUUUAUGUUUCUGUUCUUGAUCGCCGUGGUGGCCGUCGUCUACUAUCUGUACGUCAAUGGGCAUUUGGCUUGCUGCCAGAACAAUCAGUCGAAAAUCAGGGCGCCGGCGGACCGCGACCAGAAGGCAAACAGCCGUGACCCGAAUUACCAGACGCUCGCCCAGGUCAACGACAAUGUAUUCGACAACAGCAAGAAGAAGAAGAAA